UGUCAAUCACAGCGCAUAUUUUUCCGGAGGAAAGUAAACACACUACAUAGCUAGCUAGUAAUGGCGACUCGCACUACUCUCCAAAAGCUUGUUUUGGCAACUCUCGUCGCAGCCGUAACUGUUGGCCUGAAUUUCGCCGCCACAUUCCACUCGGCGGCCUACAACUGCGAGGAAGGGACGGUUGGGUCGGGCUCGGAUCUCGACAAGGCCAGGCAUCGGGUCCUCGACGACCUGCUCGACAACACGACGCCGGAACAAAGUUCCUACUGUGCCGCCUCAACCGUCGGCGAGGGAUACGCGUACGGCUGCGCUACUUGCGACGCAAGUAAAGUGACGCACUGUGACGACUGCCUCAGCUACGCUCAGGAUUUCUUGGAUGAUAUCUGCGAGCACUCCGUCGGCGGUGAGGUUGUGGUCGGACCUGUCGUUUGUUCCAUGCGGUUUCAUGCCGGUCCCGUCUGAUCUCAAUGUGCUACCUAUAAUGACAUCCUGUUAAUGAAGCUGAAACUGCUGUGAUUUCGUCGGAUCUCAGCUAGUCGUUUAAUUUGAGUUUCCAUGUGCACCACCUUGGCCUAGCUAGCCUUUGUAUCCCAACUUGUGUCCCAGGUCUGAUGUUUGGCUGCGUACGCUGACAACUGGGGCACAUAGAAUGAUGAAUAAUAAUAAGUUGGAUAAGAA